AUGAACGUCUUCCGACUUGUGGCCGAUAUGUGCCACUUGCUGGCUAUUGUCAUUCUUCUAUCUAAGGUGAAUGAGUGAAGUGAAAAAGUGCCUAAGUAAGUUCAAUUAAUUAAGAUCUGGAAGACUCGGUCAUGCUCCGGCAUUUCUGCUCGUACGCAGAUUCUAUUUGCAAUUGUCUUCGUCACCAGAUACCUGGACUUGUUCACUUCUUACGUCUCCGCCUAUAACACAAUUAUGAAGGUAAUUUAUUAAUUAGUGGUGACAUAUUAGUUAAAAUAGAAAGGGCAAUAAGAACCGGAGAAAAAUUUCAAAACCACAGAAAACUCGAGUGAGCAAUGAAUACCAAAAGAUGAAUUUACUUCAAAAAAACAUUUUUAGACCUCUAAAAAUUUAGAAAAUUAUUGAAAAUUCUGUUUUAUUCGCAGCUCGAUUCACAAAAGUUUCGAAAUGUUCCAAAAAACUUGAGCAUUCUUUGACCUGUAAAACACAUUUCGUUCCACCUAACUGCUUCCAAAUGGAAAACAUAGUAACCUAGGCAAAAAUAGGAUCAUCACCAUUAACCCUUGUUCUUUCGUUUAUUUGUUAUGGACUAUGCGAUGAUCUUUUGUAAAAGUAAAAGAUUCGUGUAAAAGAUUGUAAAAGAUUGUAAAAGAUUCGUGUCAGAAAAAAUGUUCUCGAAAAUAUCUUUUCAGCAACCUGAGCAAACUUUUUUUUUAAAUAUUAGAAUGAACAGUUGUGAAACUCUCAAAUAAAAUUCGAAACUUAUUUUGAUCGAUACAAAAAGUUUAUUAAUAACUUUCAGAUCUUUUUCAUAACCUCGUCUAUCGCGACGGUUUAUCUGAUGCUGUUCAAGUUUCGUGGAACCUACGAAAAGGAGUCGGACCAGUUCCGUGUCUACUUGUUGGUGGUUCCUGCGGCAGUCUUGGCCCUAUUCAUCAACAAUGGCUUCACCGUCAUGGAAAUUCUCUGGACAUUCAGGUCAAUAAGAAAGGAACAUCAUUAUUUAUAGUCUGGGUUCUAUGGAAAAUGAAAGGAAGUAAGAAAAAAAUUUUUGAUAUUGAAAAGAAAAAAAGAAAAAUCUCUUCCGCAAACGUAAAAACAGAAAAAUGUUUUCAUUUAUAAGAGAAAGGAUUUUUUUAAAAAUUUUUUUGUACAGUUUUUCGAAUCCCUCACAAAAAUUUUGAGGGUAUUUCUGGAACAAAGUGUAUAGUGUAAAAGCAGGUGUCACGGGCGAGUGUACGAGAAAAAUGGAACAGACCACCAAAAAACAAUAUGAAUUCGAAGAUUCUGAUCGAUUUUAAAUGGAUGAAAAAAUAAACUGAAAUUUCAAAUAAUUCAUUGAUAGGGAACUUCGACGGCGAGAAUGAAGUCUUGGACUGCUAUUUGCAAAAAUACCUAUUUUCACUGUUGCGAAACUUUAAUUUAACCCUGUCAGCAAUCAUUCAAGCUUCUUUCUUAGCACUUUCCAGUAGUUCUUGAACUUUAACUAACUAUUAUCAAUCACUGAGAAAAACGAAGUGAUCUUUAGUUUACCAAAUUCAUUAUUUUUUCCAGUAUCUACCUGGAAGCCAUCGCAAUCAUGCCUCAGCUUUUUAUGCUCCAAUCGACUGGCUGCGCCGAAACCAUAACUGCUCACUAUCUCUUUGCCCUCGGAAUGUACCGCGCUUUCUACCUCGUCAACUGGAUCUUCAGGUUUUCCCUACUAACAUUCAAGGUUUCAAUCAACUAUUCUUACAGAUACUACACGGAGAGCUACUUCGACCCAAUUGCCACCGUCGCUGGAGUUGUUCAAACGGUUCUCUACGCCGACUUCUUCUACCUUUACUUCACUCGAGUUGUCCGGGCCAAUAAAGCCAUGGAACUUCCUAUCUAA